AUGCAACUUCCAGCAUUAGACGGGACUCUCUCUUUCGAGAGCGUUGUGGACUUCCACCUCGCUCACAAUGCUGAUCACACGUAUGCUGUGUUCCCCGCUGCGGACACUGCAUCCGAGACCUCGAAGGUAUCAUUCUUGGGAUGGGGACGAGCGGUUCAUCGCGCUGCUUAUCGCCUGAGACCUAGCAAAAAUCAUGGCAAGGGCGAGGUAGUAGCUCUGAUCGCCAACUGCGACACACUAUUGUACACGGCUGUCCUCAUGGGCAUGAUCAGAGGUGGACUUACUCCUUUCCCUAUAUCGCCUCGUAACUCGGGGCCAGCCGUGUGCAGCAUGCUCGAGAAGACGAACUGCCACCGUCUGGUUGUCACAUCCUCCUCAGUCCAAGGCCUCAUUCAUGCUACCAAGGCUGAAUUGGAUUCCAAACGGUAUGACCUCCAAGUGGAAGAAAUACCGGCCUUGAAGGACUUGUUCCCGGACCUUGGCAACGAGGAUAGCUCUAGCGGCGACUUCGAACCUUAUCCAUCGCUCGAACGGCUCUCUCCCGACGAUGUCUUGAUUUAUAUUCAUUCGUCGGGUUCGACAGGGUUCCCUAAGCCAAUCGCCCAGACUGUACGCAUCAUCAAGGAUUGGUGUAACCAACCUCCUGCAAUGGACGUUCGCGGACUACAUGAAGAUCUCGUCCUCGGCGUGGCUGCUCUACCCGCUUUUCACACCUUGGGUUUCACGAUGCAGAUAAUCUUGCCUCUAAUUACCGGGAAACGUAUAGCGCUGUUCCACCAUCGUUUCCCUGAGCCUCCGGUCAAUCCUAAUCCUGACAACACUCUGGAAGCACUGAGGCUCACGGGAUCUAAUUGCGUUAUUGCCGUACCAAGUUUCUUCGAGGCAUGGGCGAAUUCGAAGGAAGGCGUGGAGUUCCUCGCAUCCUGCGAGUUUGCGGCGUCCUCUGGCGGCCCAUUAUCCUCUAAAGUCGGUGACUACCUCGUCUCUCAAGGCGUAAGAUUGGUGUCAUUGUACGGCGCUACGGAGAUGGGAAUUCCCAUGUCCAUUUUACCCGACGCAAACGGAAAGGCUCCAGAGGACUGGCAAUAUAUAGCUAUAACUGAGCGCUCAUUACCGCGGUGGAUCCCUCAGGGCGAUGGCUCUUAUGAACUGCAGAUGUUGAAUACGGACACGCACCAUGUAGCCAAGAUCAACCUCGCAGACGUCGAUGGGUAUGCGACAUCUGACGUCUUCGUCAAGCACCCGACUAAAGAAAACUUGUGGAAAGUUGUAGGCAGAAGUGACGAUGUUCUAAUCCUCGCCAAUGGCGAGAAAACUGUUCCAGGGCCUUUGGAAGGCAUGAUCCUCGCGCAUCCUAUGGUCCAGGGGGCAAUUAUGUUCGGCCGCGAACGCAACCAAGUCGGCGUUCUGGUUGAGCCAAAGGCUCAGUAUGCCUUUGACCCGAGUGAUCAAGCAGCCCUAGCAGCCUUCCGAAACAGCAUUUGGCCCGCGGUUGAGGAAGCGAACGACACAGCGCCUGCGUUCAGUCGUAUCUUCAAGGAGAUGAUCCUCGUGACGUCGCCCUGGAAGCCCAUGAUGCGUGCACCGAAGGGUACUGUCAUGCGCAAGGCCACCCUGAACGAGUACGCACAGGAGAUUGAAGACCUUCUGAGCGCAACGUUCCUCAGAAACCGCAUCAUCGGCGCCCUCCGCUCCUCGGAGUCUCCGUCUGCGAAACAAGCAGCUUCACAAGUCAACCAGAACAUAGUGUUUGCGAACCCGACCAUCAAACAGCUCGCCAAUAAGCUCGUGUCUCUGGUUGACCCCCAGGCUGCCGAUGCAAGCAGUCAUGAUCCGGCGGCGGAGAUGAUCGACAUGAUAGCCAAGUACAGCGCCACCUUAGCGGGCCCGAAGGAACCCAAAGCUGUGGUUCUUUUGACCGGUUCUACAGGAACUCUAGGCACCCAUCUUCUAUUCCAGCUGCUGCGGAACGAGAACGUCGCGAAGGUGUAUGCAUAUAACAGGAAGUCUAGUGCCGCGAGUUCCUCGGAGAGGCAAAAGGCAGCCUUUGUCGACAAAGGGUUCGAUGCUGGUCUGUUGGAAGACGCUGUCGCACCACUAAAGGUCGAGUUCCUUGAAGGAGAUGCAGCGCACGAAAACCUUGGUCUGGACCCUGCAGUCUACGCAGAGCUGCAAAGAACUUGCACGCAUAUCAUUCAUAAUGCCUGGCGGCUGGACUUCAACCUUUCGCUGUCAUCCUUCGAGUCGCACGUCGCCGGCGUGCGCAGUCUCCUUGCUCUUUCUCUGUCUUCGCCCCAUUGGUCCCGCGUACGAUUCUUGUUCACGUCCUCCAUCGCAGUCUUGCAGCAUUGGGACACCGACAAGGGUCCAGCGCCCGAAGAAGGAGCUCUAGAUGCGAAAGUAGCUGUUGGUAAUGGAUAUGGCGAAAGUAAAUACGUGGCAGAACAGUUAAUCUUGAAAACACCUCUUCAAAGCACUUCAUUCCGUAUCGGCCAGAUAUCGGGGGGAGAGCCGUCAGGUUCUUGGGCACUGACGGAUUGGGUGCCUAUCAUGAUAAAAUCGUCGAUUGGUCUAGGGGCCUUGCCAAACUCCAAUGGCAUGGUCUCGUGGCUGCCAAUGCACAGUGUAGCACAGUCCAUCCUCGAUGUCGCGUUCACCCCUGAGGGCGGCAGGAUAUCUCGCACCUUGCAUUUGGUCCAUCCCAGGCCUGUACCCUGGACUAAUGUCAUCGCAGAAGGGCAAACAGCUGAGAGUACACAACAGGCCGUGCUACCGCUGGUACCUUUCGAUAAAUGGGUGGAGCUGGUGAAGAAGCGGUCGAACAAUCCCAGCAAGGAGGACCUCGAGAAAAUCCCCGCAAUCAAAUUGCUUGAGUUCUUCACGUACAUCGCUUCAGGCGAUCUCGAAGCAGAAAAGAAAGGUCUCCGGGAGUAUGAAAUGGGUAAUUGGGCCAGAUUGGCCACCACGGAGGCUGUUAAGGCAUGCGAGACCAUGAAAAACAUGCCGCAGAUUGGGAAGCGCGAUGUCGACAUGUGGAUAGACUAUUGGAUUAGCAAAGGUUUGUUCCAGUAG